AAUUGCAUUGCAUAGUUGUAUCGAUAGACGGUAUGCUAUUUGACUAUUUAUCUAUUUUCUGCGAUAGUACUGCCGACAUUCAGCAGCGGAUUGAUUGUGGAUACCGACAGCGACUUCUCUGGAGAAUUCUCCAUGGUGGACUGCAACCAUCGCAACUCAGACCACUACAACAACAUGAUGGUCGGCAUUCAGGAUAACGAGGGCUUUGUGGAUCUCGACACCAUAAAGUGCGCGUCCUUCGCCAACAUUAUGGUUGGACCGGACCAUGUUGUCACCAUUACAGCGCAGACGGAUGUGUUCCAAAACUGCGGCGCCAACCAAGUGAUCACGGGGCUCGGCUCGUCGACCUACUACACACAAGACGUCAUCCGAAUGACGUGUAGCGACGUCAGCGGUGCCACUGUAUCUGACAACUGCACUGACUUGACCAUCACGGAGGAGAUGCAGAGCGGCGAGCUGGACCCUCAGCUCACGUGGCCCGUCCAGUGCCCCGAUGGGACUCCUCGUAUGGGCGCCAUGGUGGGCAUCAACUUUCGAGACGACCAUACACCAAAGUGGACCGGCAUCAGGUGCUGCUACCUGGUGUAGCCGUCGGUGCUACCUAGUGCUAACUGCUACCUGGUGUAGCCGUCGGUGCUACCUAGUGCUAACUGCUACCUGGUGUAGCCGUCAGUGCUACCUAGUGCUAACUGCUGCCUGGUGUAGGUAAAAGUUUUUCACCAAGUGCUUACAGCUACGUGACAGCUGUUAGUGUUGAUGCUACUAUAUAGUACCUACUGCUACCUGGUGUAGCUGCCGGUGUUACCAGUGCUGCUACCUGGUGUAGAUAGACGUUUGUGACACCUUAGUGCUGCUAACUGCCACCUGGUGUUGAUAGAAGUUUGUGUUACCUUAAUGCUAACUGCCACCUGGUGUAGCCGUUUGAGCUACCAGUACUGCUACCUAGUGUAGCCGGUGAUGCUACCUAAGUGCUGCACUACCUGGUAUAGCCAUCUGCGCUACACGGUGCAUCCGUUAGUGCUAUCAAUAGCUAACUGCUAUAACGAGUAGCUGUUUCUGUCUAAUUUUGUUUCACAUUUGAUACGAGAAUCUACUAUAGCACUUCUUACAUUGGCCGAGUGGAGAUGAUAAAUCGCACUCAUAUAAUUAAUUCAUUGAAGGCUUUCAAAUGUGGGCUUUCAAAUAAAAAAAAAACACCUAAGAUUGAAGGCUUUCACAUAUGUGGGAUCAUACACAACGCACAAUGGCACAUAACACGUCCUGUCGUAAGCAUUAUACGUGUGACCGUACCUACAUGCUUGGACCGAGCUUAUCGCACGAAAUGCCGUCUCGUGCAAUUUCCUUGCGGGACGUUAUGCCUAUCUAUGUACGUCGCUCAGAUUUACUGAUAUGCGUCUAACAGCUUUAUAUGAUAUGCGUGUUUACAGCGAGAUAGCUAGGCCUUCUUUAAGAAAUGCAGCUAUUUGUUCUACAAAUGGUAGAUGAUCUUUGUGUAUGUAGACGUGGAUUUAUCGGGCAUUUAGCCGGUACUUUUUAUGGCUGAUGCCGUGUCUCAUAUUUUAUCAUUUAAGUCAUAUUUUAUUUGUUAUGUUUCUACCUUUGGUCCAGGCUGAUGCCCAAUUGUAACUGGCCUUGUUACCGUUCAAUAAAAUGUCCCCGCAUU